UAGUGCUACCGAAUUGAGAUCAAUUGAGGUCGCGGUCGACGUGCCGACUGAGUAAGCAGGAAAUUAAAGCCGCAAGCUUUCAGAAAGUUUCGAAGCUGGAGCCACCAUUGUUGACCAAUCUAGAAACUUCACCUGCUUUCACUGACAUUCGUCUCAUCCUCAGUAUCUCUUAGUUCGGCUGCUAGAGAUAGUUUAUUCUUGUUUGACCUCUGCACGUGAUCGAGACAGUAACGUGUCAGUUUCGUACGCGUCUUGCGCUUUGACCAUCACAAUGUUCCCGUCUCUAUCCUUCGUAUUGAUAUUUCUGGCAAGCCUUAUAUCUGCCCAGUUCAACUUCUUCGAUGGCAUGUUUCGCCAGCAAGAGCAGCAUCAGCCUUCUGGUGCUUCGCAGUGGGCCGCCCAUUCGGAGGGCAUAUCUUGCAAUCGUUACUUGUGCCCUUCAACCCUAGACUGUGUCAGGGCGCCUAGAGAAUGUCCUUGUCCAAACGUCGAAGACAUCAAGUGCAUAAUACCCGAUGCAGAUAGCCGAGACGGCGCAACAGUACUGUGCGUACGCGGCGAAAACGAAUGCGCAGAUGUGGAGCGGCUUUCCAAGAAACAGUGGAUGUAAUUGGUCCAGCAGCCAUGAAUCAUGGUCAUGUAUUCUAUUUAUGGAUUCACAAUGUUACGAACUGGAACGAACUUGAUAUCCGGGUUUCAAAGAAUUAUGUUAACAA